AAUUGAAAAGAUGAUUGAUCGAUCAAAGGAGAAGAAUUGCCAAAAACAAUCGGAAGACUCCAUCACCAAAGCUUAGAAAAUGGGAAACGCCGAGAAACUGAUGAAUCAGAUCAUGGAGCUCAAGUUCACAUCGAAAAGCCUCCAACGCCAAGCCCAAAAAUGCGAGAAGGAUGACAAGUUUCAGAAGCUCAGGGUGAAGAAGUCCAUCGAGAAAGGUAACAUGGACAAUGCUAGAAUUUACGUCGAGAACGUCAUCCGCAAGCGCAACGAACAGAUGAACUAUCUCUGUCACUCCUCUCGCCUUGACAUCGUUGUGGCUCGCCUAGAUACUCAGGCGAAGAUGACGACGUUCAACAAGUCAAUAUCCUCGAUUGUAAAAUCACUGGAGUCUUCACUCAACACAGGGAAUCUACAGAAAAUGUCGGGGACGAUGGAUUCAUUCGAGCGUCAGUUUGUGAAUAUGGAGGUUCAAGCUGAAUUCAUGGAGAGUUCUAUGGCUGGAAGUACUUCCUUAUCGACACCAGAGGAUCAGGUCGGCAACUUGAUGCAACCAGUGGCUAAUGACUAUGGACUCGAGGUGUCUGUCGGGCUUCCACAAGUAGUCGGCCAUGCUAUAUCUUCUAAGAAUGAGGAGAAGGUCAGUGAGGAUGAUCUAUCCAGGCGUUUUGCUGAGCUGAAGGCCCGUGGGUGA